AUUCCUGAGAGUUCACGCUUGCACCACAAUUUAAAAGUUGAAAGAUAAAAAUAGGCAUGGAAUUACAAAUUUGAGCUCUUUGGGCUUUGUACAUUGUGCAGGCCAUUAAAGUUGCUUCAAUUAUUUCAGAAGGAACAAAUGGAUGCAGCUGGUGUAGCACUUGUUUUGAUUGGACCAGGAAAUGUUGAUCAGGCCAACACUUUUUUUGAGCAGACGAAAUAUGAAGGAGAAGUUUAUGCAGAUCCAGACCAUUCAUCGUAUCAUGCACUAAAGUUUGCUUCUGGGGUCUCAACCACAUUUACACCCAAGGCUGCAUUGAAAAUAAUUGAGUUAUACACGGAGGGUUACAGGCAAGAUUGGGGACUUUCAUUUCAGAAAGACACUGUGUCUAGAGGUGGCUGGCAGCAAGGAGGAAUCAUUGUAGCCGGUCCUGGUAAAACUAACUUCUCAUACAUUCACAAGGACAAAGAUGCCGGGGAUGAGCCCCCUAUUGAAGAUAUCCUGAAAGCAUGCUGCUCGUAAGCGAUCAAAUCAGCUCCCUAUUCCUUUUUUCCUGAUCGGAUGUAACAUCUUAUGUAUGUAAUAGUUUGUGGCCUGACUUAUGGAAAUGUUUAAUAAUUCAUCGUAAAUUUUGAUGUGUAUAUAUAUAUAUAUAUAUAUAUAAUUAAUAUAUAUAUAUAUAUAUAUAUAUAUACAACUGUAUAUAAAGUGUACAAGCUCCCUGAGAAGCUCAAACAGAAGAUUAGACGAGAUAAGAAAGAGAGAGAGAGAAGGAUCAGAUAGAUUGUAGAAAGAAAAGAGAAAGGGCAUUGAGAGAGAAUCGUUGUUAUCAUCAUUAAUGAUUUCUGCUUAGUUAUUACAAGUAUUUAUAGACACAAUUUAUAUUUUUCC